ACUACGACAUGAUGCUGGGGGUCCUCAUGGAGCGUGCAGUAGAAGAGAGCAAGGAGGUUGAAGGGUUCCAGCAGUUGCUCAACGCUCGAACUCAGGAGUUCAUCGAGGAGCUCUUGGCCCCGGGUUUUGGGGGCAUGAUUGCCUUUGUGAAGGAGGCAGAGGCGCUGGCAGAAAGGGGCCAGCUGGAGCGGCUGCGAGGCGAGGAAGGUGAGCGUGCCCAGGAUGAUGGGCUCCACAGUCCUUGACAGCAGGGCAGAGAAACGUGGAUGCAGAAGGCUUAGGCUGCAUCCACACUGGAGAAAUAACCUGGUUUGGCACUGCUUUCACUCUUUCUGGGUCGAGG